AUAAACAAGAAUAGCAGAAACCAACGCUUCUUUUAGGAUUUUAACGCACAAACGAGUUUAGACAUAAAAGACCAAAAUGUUGAAGCAUAUUUUUGGAAAGGUGACGAAAUACAAGAACCAGGAUUAUGACACCUUAAAAAAAGAAAGUAAAGAAAAACAGACCUUGUUUAUUGAUAAUGAAUUCCCUCCUGAUGAUAGAUCCCUGUUUUAUACCCCCAAUAAAAUACCUGGGGUAGUGUGGAAACGCCCAAAGCAAAUCUGUGAGAAUCCAAAGUUAUUUGUAGAGGGAGCUAGCUCUGGUGAUGUGUCACAAGGUCGUCUUGGUAACUGUUGGUUUGUGGCUGCUAGCUCUUGUUUGGCUCAAGAGAAAGAAAUCUGGCACAAGGUGAUUCCUGAUUCCAAAGAACAAGAAUGGGAUGACCAGAAACCAGAAGAAUAUCAAGGAAUUUUUAAAUUUCAAUUCUGGAGAUUUGGAGAAUGGACGGAGAUUGUGAUCGAUGAUUUCUUGCCGACCGUCAAUGACGAAUUAAUUUUUAUACAUUCUCAGAGUAAGAAUGAAUUCUGGAGUGCCUUGUUAGAGAAAGCAUAUGCCAAGUUAUUUGGUUGUUAUGAAGUAUUGGAUGGUGGAGAGUUAGCUGAAGCCUUAGAAGAUUUUACUGGUGGAGUGUCAGACACUAUCGAUAUGAUCAAAGCCAACGUAGCCACACAUGCUGAAGAGAGAGUAGCGCUAUUUGCCAGAAUGCAGAAAGACAUGGACAGACGAUCUUUAAUGGCUGCCUCUAUUCCAGCUACGUCUCAAGAUGAAAUGGAAGCCUCCACAUCCUCAGGGUUGGUCAAAGGUCACGCCUAUGGUAUCACAGCCGUUAAAAAUGUCCACCUAGAAGGGUCUGGGUUGUUUGGUUUGUUUAAUCGAGAUAAACUGCCGAUGGUCAGGCUCCGAAAUCCCUGGGGGCAGGGAGAAUGGAAAGGUGCCUUCAGUGAUGGUUCUGAAGAAUGGAAUAAGAUCAGCAAGUCUGACCGAGAAAAAGUUGGUUUGGUCAAUGAGGACGAUGGCGAAUUCUGGAUGACCAUGGAAGAUUUUUGUGCAAAUUUUCACAACGUGGCCAUUUGUAGAGUUGUUAACACCAGUUAUCUGUCCUUGAAUAAAACAUGGGUGGAAGGACUUCAUCAUGGGGCGUGGAAAAAACCCAACAGAGCUGGUGGCUGUGCCAAUAACAGAGACUCGUUUUUGAAUAACCCCAUGUAUAUAUUUGAGGUGACAGAGAAUCAAGAUGACUUCAUGAUCCAACUGAUGCAGAAGUCUCAGGGGUUGACAAUUGGAAAUAGAAAAAUAGUUGAACUCAAUCGUAAAUACAGAAUCCAUAACCUGGGUUUACACGAGAAAGUCACGUCUACAGUAUUCCGCGACUCUAGAUCCAUGUUUUUACGGCAGACGGUCGAAAAGGGUCGUUAUGUCAUCAUACCCAGUACCUUUGAACCUAACGUUGAGGUUGAAUUUUUGAUCAGAGUCUACACAGAUACACCCAAUAAAUUCAAAGAGCUGGUACACGACCGUCCUCAGAAGAAAUGGUACAGCUGCUUAAGCAAGUCACCAAGCUUGGUCACUCAUAUUAAAGUUGUCCGAGCUCAUGGCUUAGAGAAACAAGAUCUACAAGGUGCUGACCCCUAUUGUGUGAUAUCGUGUGAGGGUAAAAUCGUCACGACAACUGCUGCUAAAAAUACAACGGAUCCACAGUGGAACCAAUCUGCUGUCUUCUAUAGAAAAAAUCCUCUUAAAAAACCUCUUAAAGUUCAGAUCUGGAAUGCCAACAUGGUUCGAGAUACCUACAUGGGCAAACAUAUUUUUACAGCCACGGAUGAAAUGAAUGGCGUACAGAAAGAAGUUACAUUAGUUGGAAGAAAGAAGGAGCAGAAUGCUCCACGAGAGGGAAAACUUAUCGUCCAAAUUACACAGAGUCGAACCCUGACAACUGUUUAGAUUUUUAUCCGUUGUAAUAUAUUACUUUUAUAAGUAAUUGUAAAAAUACUGCUUUUCUUUUAAAAGUAAUUGGAAUGAUAAUGAUUUUCUUUGAAAAGUAAUUGGAAUCCUGUUUUUCUUUGAUAAGCAAUAGGAAAGUUACUGCUUCGGAAAGGUUAUGUUUGAUUAUGAAUUUCUUUGAUACUUUGUAUACCUUGGACUAAUUUAGACUAUUUCACAAGCAGUCAUACUUCUUAAAUUACUUUUCUCUUAAAGUAACGGAAGAAAAGCAAUUACCUGUCUAAGCAAUUACUUUUCUGGACAAUUACUUUGAACAGACAGUAAUUGUUUAGAAUCAUUACUUGCUUUUCAAACACAUUCAUCAAUUACUUUUUAAAGGGUCUUCUUACAUUUUAAAUGACACAACCAAUUACUUUCAGCAAGAAUUACUUUGCCAUUACUUUUAAAAGUACUGGUAAUUGCAUGAAUCACUUUUCUAAGCAUUACUUUCAAGGUAAUUACUUAGAAAGCGUGAUAUUUUGUUAAUUUUUAUCAUUUAUUAUAAAUCUUGUCUACUUUGCUCACUAUGUACAUGUUUUUAUAUAUUCUUCAUAUACUACUAGUUUGAAACUUGCUGACUCUUCAGUGUCUUAUUUUACAGGGGUUGGAAUGGUUCCCCUACUUGCAAUUUUUUGUUAUUUUACAUAGUGAAAGAAUUGCCUGUGGCCUCCCUGAAGAAUUCUGUGGCCUCUGUGGACCUGCGACUCCUAUUCAAUGACUGUUAAAAUAUCUAUCACAGGCUGGUAAGAGUCACCAAGUUUCGAGCUAGCAUGCUCUAUACUGCUGCAUAAUAUAACUAUAUAUCUUUUUAAUUUAUUAGCCUUUCUGCAAGAAGGGCGGACAUAUUGGCCUUCUUAUGAAUUUACUUGAAAUUCUUUUCCAAAAGUUUUAUGUUCUAAGAAUUAUUGCAAAAAUGGGUUUGGAUUUUUGAGGAUUGAGAUUAUUUUAACAAACCCUGUGGUAGAUUUUUUUUUAGUUUCAAAGUAUUACUGAUAUAGAUUUGUUGAUUUAUUUGUAUUUGCCAGUCAUGUCUGAUUGUAUUUCCAAAAUGACUGGCUGUGAUUUUAAUCUUUAGGACAUUUUCUUUGCAAAUGUUAAAAAUUCUGCAUCUUUUAUGGACCUUUGAUAACAAUUCUCUAUGUAAAUUGGUACAAGAUGUUAAUUUACAUGCUAAAAUGACUGGUUGAGUAUUUUUAAAAUCAUUAACCCUGAUUAUCUGAUUAUCUCCCCUGAAAUAUGUCUAUCAUUUUUUUGGACCACCCAUAUUUUUUAUUACAAUCGAUUUGUGCAUUUUUAAAGAUUUCUCUUUUUUAUUUUUUGUAAAUUUUUGUCUAUAUAUUUUCAUGAAAAGAGUAAACCACAUUUUCAUGAUCCAUUGUAAUUAUUAUUUUCUUCAUUUUUUUGAUAAUUAUCUGCUUUUUUAGCGCUUUUUAGCUUUUUUAUGUAUGCUUUUAUAUCUUAAUUGUUGAAAUAAUGUUCUUGCCUUUCCCAAAAGGUGAUUUUACUGUAAGGCCAAAUUCUGAAAAUGACUAUAGUUUUGGAAUUUUGGACAAUGUUUUAAAGUUGAAUUCUUUUUUGCAAAGAGCUCUUUCCUUGCUGAUUUGCAAUUGCUCUGUUUGGCAAGCUUUGAGCAAGUUUUAAAUUUGUCAAAAAUCUGUAAUUCUGAAAUUUGGAAAUCCUGAUCUCUGAUGCUUGGUGAAUUCAGGAUUUUAGUAAUUUCCAAUUCUGUAUUUUUUGGUCAAAUUCUAAGCCUUACAUUGUAAUUUUACUGGAAAGCAUAUAAUUUCUUCAAAUAUGUUGGUAAUCUGUCUAUGAUUUUCAAGGAAUUGGCCACGGUCUGAUUUGCCAAAAUGGAAUUUAUUUUGGAGGGUAAAACUGAAACUGAUAAUGUAGUAUAGGUAGUGCAAUAGAUUUUAGUUGUGAAAGGAUUCUUAAUCUUAUGAAAGUUUUAAAGGGAUUGUAAAAACUUUGUAUAUGUUUCAGGGACACUGAUAGCAUCGAUUUACACCAUUCUAAUUUUCACUCAGACAUCUGUGGUACUUGCAAUUUCACUAAAACUAAGAACCAACCAUUUUUGGAUGCCACCAUCACAAAAGCUGUAUAAUUAUAACGUUUUUGAUGAGGUUUAAUAGGGUUUAUUUAGUAUUUCUAUAAUUACAGGAACCACAGACAUCUGACUAAAAAUUUAUAUGAUGCCCCAAUACACAUAAAAAUAAUAUGUAUUAGCAAACUCACCGAAGCCCCUACCCACAGGAUUUAAGGCAUUAAAUAUGCCCCUUUUAAAAUCUAAACUCUUUUUUUUAAAGUUAUCUGUUUCUGCACAUAAUUCUUUCAUAGAUUAAGGACCCUAUUUUUGUUUGUAGAAAUGUAGAUAGAUAUUAUUUUUUGUGAUUUUUAAGGGUACUGACUGAACAGAAGUUGCUGAACUAUAUUUUCCAUUUUAGAAUCUCACUUUUUGUAGAAAAUAAAAUAAUAAUCUUA